AAACGGCUCCUGGUUGCCCAGGAUAGGAAAACCAUGCAGCGUAUAGAGGCUGGAAAGCCAUUAAUUAAAUUCAACCACUGUAAGAAAUACAUCUACAGCUUCAGUGUGCCCCAGUGCUGCCCCCUUUGCCAGCAGGUCAUGGGCUCGAGGAAGCUGGAGGAAGCACCUGUUAGCAUCUGCAAUCCGUUUACCAACGGGCAUCAAGAAAAAUGUUCAUUCCUCCUUAGACCAACUCAAGGGACGUUUCUUAGGGAGUAUGAUGGAAGGUCUGAUCUUCACGUUGGAAUAACCAACACAAAUGGAAUUGUGUAUAAUUACACCAUGCACGGUGUCCAGCGAGAUGAAGCAGGAUGGGAGCAGAGUGUGAGCAUCCCAUUACUGCAGCCUGGCAUGUUUGGACUGAUGGAUCAGUGGGACAAGUACCUGGAAGACUUCUCCAGCACCGGGGCCUGGCUGCCCCAGAGGUAUCAAGAAGACCAUCACAACUGCUACAGUUACACCCUCACAUUCAUUAACUGCAUUCUGACCACAGAAGGCAAGCAGCAACUGGACAAAGGUGAGUUCACGGAGAAGUAUGUAGUUCCAAGGACCAGGAAGGCCUCCAAGUACAUCACACUCUACCGGGCGAUAGAGGAGCGUGGCUUCUACGUGACCGACCACCCUGAUGAAGAGACUAACUCUCCUGAGGGGAGUGGUUUGUGUUGAGUGAAGGACGGCAUCUUUAGUGGCUACAAGGGAUUUCUAUGUGUGUUCAGUUGUGGUUAAACACAGUGUUAACAGCUUUCUUUUAAGCAUAUUUCUACUUACUGCAGCAUAAGUAUUUAUGGAAUUAAUAAAAAUUGCCCUGGGUUUUAAAACUUA